UUUAAAACAAAAUUCGUUUCUUGGCAACUGGAUCAAUCGGCCUAUCCCUCGAACGCCGACGCGACUUCCCAAAAUCGUCGCCGUCACCUGUUACAAAGCCACCGGUCUGCCUCCCAGACCUUCGUUAGUCUCUUUUAUCUCCCCGGCCAAGGAAUUGCCAGUACAUGUAUUAAGGCGUACGAUUUUCUCGGCAAACAAUCGGAAAGAUGAAUGCUUUGCUAUCUAUGCUCCUGUUAAUGUCUUCCGUUCCGUCGCCGGCGUUUCCUGUUACCCUAUGAUUCAGAAUCUGAUCGAUCUACUUUGAUUGGUUGGUUUAAUAUCCUAGCUUUGUUCCAUAUAUGUUGGAGGAUUUGGGCAUUGUGUAGUUGAUGAGAGUUGACCGAUUGGGUGGAUUAGGGUUUUAGUCUGCUGUCCCUCCUCCGCCCGGGUUAUUUAUUCAAAGUAGUUAGGGUCUUGGUAGUAGGUCUAUGGCGGAUCGUAGCAUCACCAGCACUAGCAACGCUUUAGCGAAGCCGAUAUGGAUGAAGCAAGCGGAAGAGGCCAAGCUGAAGAGCGAGACCGAGAAAGCUGCGGCUGCAAAGGCUGCAUUCGAGGCCACCUUCAAAGAUGUGAGUAACAAACCAGAAAACCCUGCUCUGGACUCGGACUCGGACUCAGAUGAAGAAGAAUACGAGAGAGAUCUGGCUAACAAGCCCAUUGGCCCUGUCGACCCGGCUAAGUGUACCGCUGCUGGUGCAGGCAUUGCUGGCGGAACGGCUUGUGCUCCUUCGACCUUCAUGGUGGUGGCUAAGGAUGCUGAUGGAAGGAAGGUGCCUCACGGUGGAGCUCAGAUUAAGGUGACGGUGUCCCCUGGAGUAGGUGUUGGGGGAACAGCGCAGGAUGGGAUGGUGAAGGAUAUUGGAGAUGGCUCGUAUACGGUCACGUAUGUGGUGCCCAAGAGGGGGAACUAUAUGUUGCAUAUAGAAUGUGAUGGGAAACCCAUCAUGGGUAGUCCAUUCCCUGUGUUCUUCAGUCAAGGCACUUCAACUGGUGGAGUACUUGGUGUGGCUCCUGCUUCGACAUAUCCAAACCUUGUCAAUCAGACUAUGCCCAAUAUGCCUAAUUAUUCUGCAUCGAUGUCUGGGUCUCUCCCUGGACUGUUAAGUAUGAUUCCAGGAAUUGUUCCUGGUCCUUCCGGUGGUGUUGUCUUGCCAGGAAUUGGAGCAUCACUUGGGGAAGUUUGUAGGGAAUUUCUUAAUGGUCGAUGCACUCAAUCGGAUUGCAAGCUGAACCAUCCUCCCCACAACUUACUGAUGACUGCAUUAGCAGCAACCACCACAAUGGGCACUCUCAGUCAGGUGCCUAUGGCACCUUCAGCUGCUGCUAUGGCUGCUGCUCAGGCUAUUGUUGCUGCUCAAGCUCUUCAAGCUCAUGCUGCUCAGCUGCAAGCAGCACAGUCUAGUAAAGAUACAUCUGGUCCAUCUGACAAAGUUGGCAAGGACGAGGCACUCAAAAAGACGCUCCAAGUUAGCAAUGUCAGCCCACUGCUGACAGUUGAACAGCUGAAACAACUUUUCAGCUUCUGUGGCACGGUUGUGGAAUGUACACUUACUGAUUCAAAGCAUUUCGCAUACAUAGUGUACUCGAAACCCGAAGAAGCAACCGCCGGUUUGGCACUGAACAAUAUGGAUGUUGGUGGACGUCCUCUGAAUGUGGAGAUGGCUAAAUCACUUCCCCCGAAACCAGUUGUAAACUCUUCAGCGUCCUCUUCUUCUCUGCCUGUGAUGAUGCAGCAAGCUGUUAUAAUGCAACAGAUGCAAUUUCAACAGGCUUUACUUAUGCAACAGACAAUGACUGCGCAACAAGCAGCUAAUCGUGCUGCAACCAUGAAGUCUGCAACAGAGUUGGCUGCUGCGAGAGCUGCAGAGAUAAGUAAGAAGCUAAAAGCUGAUGGAUUUGUUGAUGAAGAAGAACCUAAGAAAGAGAAGUCGAAGUCGCCAUCACCUCCUCGAGUGAGGUCCAAGUCGAGGUCCAGAUCACCAAUCAACUAUCGGAGAAAGCGAAGGUCUCCUUCUUACUCACCUCCGCCACACCGCCGCAGGGAACGUAGAUCUAGGACACCCUUGAGAUCUCGGAAUUACUCGAGGUACGACAGUGGUAGGCGUUCUUUCAGAGAUCCCAGAGAUGAUAACGGCAGAAAUAGGAGAAGGGAUUUGGAUAGAUCUUAUGACCGUGAUUUUUCUGCUUCAAAGCGACACAAGAGUCGAAGUGUGAGCCCUCGAAGAAGAAAAUCCUACCGGGAGGAAUCAGGUUCUCCAAGACGGCACCGUGAUAGUCCACCACACAGGACAAGGAAAUCAUCUCGUGGUGGGUCAAGAUCACCAAGGCGUCACCGAGCUAGCAGGUCAUCUCCUAGAAUUGAUGGUAAUAGCAAGUUGAAACAAAGGGAGCGCUCUCUCUCUAAAACUCCAGAAGAGUCCAAUGACAGGACAAAUGGAGCCCAAGAUGAAGAAAUAAAGCAACAGGAAAGGAGAUCGAGAUCACUUUCUAGUGAAUCCAGGCCGGUUCAAGGUAAGUCCUCCCCAACGAGCUCAAAUGAUUCUGAUCAAAAGCAGAAGAGGAGGUCCAGGUCUAAUUCCAUAGAGACGAAGCAUCAUGUGGAUGAGAAAUUGGAUGAGAGUUCUAAAGGUGGAAGUUCCAGACGUCGUGGAAAGAGGUCUCGAUCACAAUCAGCAGAACGUGGUCACAAGUCUAAAGAAAAAGGAACUGGAAGCAGAGAUAAGAAGUCAAAGCAUCGUGACAGAAACCGUUCAAGAUCCUUAUCAGCAGAAGAUAAGCAUCACAGAAAAAGUAGGUCAUCCCCAAGAGGCAGGGAUGGUGAUAGAUCAAAGCAUAGAAGGCACACCAAUUCAGCCUCUCCAGAUGGUGAAAAAACCAGGCACCAAAUAGAUGAGAGCAGGGAUAGAAAACUUAACCAUCGCAGCAGAAGAAGGUCAAGGUCAACUGAAGGCAAGAAUCACAGAUCUCCUAGAGAGCUUGAUGAAUAUGAAUCGAAGGAGAAGAAGCACUUAAGGUCUAAAUAUGCAGAGCGCAGGCGUCACUCAAAAGAUGGCAGGGAUAGAAAGAAGGAUGAUAAUGUGUCUGAUAAUGAGGGCAGGUCGCACAGAAUUAAACAUCAUACUAAAGAGAAAAGUUAUAUUGAAGAAGACUCUUCAAGGACUAGGGAUGACGGAAUGUUGCGGUCAAAAGAAAAAGACCUUCAUUUGAAUCAAUCUGUAAAAGACAUGAUAGCAGAAGAUGGUGAGAAUCAAAAUGGUAGUUUUACGCCAGAUGGUAAUACUGAUGGGGAAGGUGCAGUACCAUUGACUGAGGAUCCAUAGCAUGGGAAUCAUGAUGCCAGGAACAUUGGAUUUCAGAGGUCAGCAUGGCUGGAAAAUGGCAGAGUUGAUACAUGCAAUAUCAGAACUGGGAACAGCCAUCUCAUGAUUCGGCCAAUGCUGACGAGAGUUGUGUUGCGAUAUUUGAAAGCUAACGGGGGAAGCGGAGAGGGCCUCUUUGCUUUGGAUAAGGGCUGUUUUUGAGAAGACUUGUUAGAGUUUCUUUGGUGCUAGGAUUCUCUGCCAGUAGCUGGUUCCUUAUGAACAUGCACCUUUUUUUUUUGUUUGCUAUCUUUGCAGGUCCAUACUGACUGGGUUGGAACUAGCCCUUGGGCCCGAGCUGACUUGAUAUGGCCAAGUAUCCCAAGAGCUAUGGCCAUUUGCAUCUCUACCUACAAUGUUUGUAGCCUAUAACUGCUAGAUGUAUGUGGAGCUUCUUCUAUUUCUGCCUUCUGGAUAUUUUGGAUAAAGUAUUGCUUUCAACAGUUUGUGCAUUUACCUUGCUUUUAGUUAGAGUGUGAAUGAUGUUAUUGUGGGAAAGGCUGGAGAAGGUGCUUUGUCUUUCAUAUAGUGAAAGAUGGUGGAUCUUUCACUUGAAAGGUUCAACAAGCUGCGUUACUGAGAUCAAGUGAAACCAGAUAGUUCUCAUUUUCCCUGAGAUCUGGAAUGUUGACAUAAUAGUGAUCCAAAAAGUAGAGGUAUAUGGUUUGGUUAGUGAAGCUACUUUUGAGGUCAAAGUGAAGCUGUGGCAGGGGUGAAUAGGCGCGGAGUUUUGCUGUGCUCAAGUAUGUGAAGAUUGGCCAACUCCACUGUUCGAUCAUGUAUUUCAGCAGGUAAUAUUUUCGUUAAAAUUCCCUGGGAGAAGAGCAGGGUUCUCAGGAUAUGAAGCUCUCAUUUUCUAUCUUCCAUGUGCGCACUUGGAUCGAUCAACAGUGUGUUCUCCAGUAUCUGUGUGGAAAUUGUUUUGAGUUGAUUGUGCUUUAGGUCAUCUAUACCUUGGUCCUAUGGAAUGGAAGAGUGAUCAAUGAUGCUUAUGGGAUAGGGCUUAUUGUUGUUUUACUCUUUUGAGACCUGUGAAACAGAUGGAUACAAGGAGAGGCUGCAGGAGCUGGACGGUCUUGCCAGCCACCGGAGUUGGAGCCUUUCCGGAGUGAUUUUUCCAUCUCCGCCCCAAAGCAGUGCUCUUGUUUUCCGUUCAAUUUGGUUUUACUCGGUCUGCUAUUUUUUCGAGUCGCAUUGUCACAUCUCAAGUAGCUCUGCAUACUGCAACCAGGCUACGGUGCAUCAGCGGGCACCCUAUGCGUCGCGCGUCGGGCAAAAACGCUAGGAGAUCAGUUGUAUAGGGAGCCCCUGGAUUCGCCGGCCGAUUAGAUGAGGUGGUGACACUCUUGAGGAGAAUUGUUAGAUAGCAUUUGUUUCACUUAAUUACUUGAAUCAUUCAGUUUUGGUAAUAGUAGUUUGCCAAAUGGCAAGUCUUGAUUGGAUGGAAGGACUAUACUCCUCCCAUCCAACGUAUCUGUUGAAGGGACGAGAACACCAUUGUCAAGAAGUACAACAA